CAUAUUCGCGCGUUUUUUUGACAUCACUGAAGUUAACCUGUUAUUACCUGUUUGUGUUUUUUUUGUAACGACGAUUUCUGUCGUUUAUUUGUGAAUUUAACUUUUAUUUAGUUAUAUCAUUCAUUAGUUUUGUGGUAAUUUUAAGUUCAAACAAUGAGUUCUCCAGCCCCCGACACGCCAUCAGAGCGAGAUGGAGCGCGGUCCCGCAUGACAUCACCGGCGCGAGACUAUGAGAUGUUUGAGGAUGAGGGUGCCAUCCUCGGAGACAAUCCUGAGGAGGAAGAGGAUGAUGGAGAGGAACUGUUCAACGAUAAUAUGGAGGCUGACUACCGCCCCAUGCCAGCACUGGAUCGUUAUGAUGCAGAGGAUUUGGAUGAAGAUGACUAUGAUCCCAUGUCCAUACAAGACCGCGUGGCUGCUGAACAGGAGCUCCGGAGAAGGGACCGGGAAGAGGGCCGCACUAGGAGGGAUGACCGCGAUUUGUUGUAUGAUGAGUCAGACGAGGAAAGCACAGGAGCCCCGAGGGCGAAGCGCCGCCGCGCCGCAGAGAAGGCCGCCAUGGGGUCAGAUGAACAAGUGGAGGAGGGCAUUGAGAGUAUUGAGAACUUGGAGGACACUAAGGGUUAUACUACGAAGGAGUGGGUCUCUAUGCUUGGGCCUAGAACUGAGAUUGCCAACAGGUUCAAAAACUUCCUCCGCACGUACACGAACAGUAAAGGCCAGUUCGUCUACAAGGAGCGUAUCCGUCGCAUGUGUGAGCACAACCAGGCGUCCUUCCACGUGGAGUUCGAUGUACUGGCUCGCAGGGAACAAGUGCUGGCUUACUUCUUGCCUGAAGCACCUUUCCAGAUGUUGCAGAUUUUUGAUGAGGUAGCAAAAGACAUAGUGCUCCAAAUAUUCCCCAGCUACGAGCGAGUUACUUCCGAAAUCCACGUCAGAAUAUCAGACUUACCUCUCAUAGAAGAAUUAAGAACAUUCCGGAAGCUACACUUGAACCAACUCGUGAGGACUGUGGGAGUCAUUACGGCUACCACUGGGGUGUUACCACAGUUGUCUGUCGUGAAAUAUGACUGUAAUAGAUGCGGGUAUAUAUUGGGACCGUUUGUUCAGACUCAGAAUUCUGAAGUUAAGCCUGGGUCUUGUCCGGAGUGUCAGAGUGCUGGGCCGUUUAUGGUAAACAUGGAACAGACAGUAUACCGCAACUACCAGAAAGUAACAAUCCAGGAGUCCCCGGGCCGCAUCCCCGCCGGACGUAUUCCUCGCAGCAAGGAGUGCAUACUGUUAGCUGAUCUGUGUGACCGGUGCAAGCCGGGAGAUGAAGUGGAUCUGACUGGCAUUUAUACCAACAAUUAUGAUGGCUCGCUUAAUACUGAGCAGGGUUUCCCCGUUUUCGCAACAGUGAUAAUAGCAAACUACAUAGUAGUGAAAGACUGCAAGCACAUUGUGGACUCUCUUACUGAUGAAGACGUGGCCACCAUAGUGAAGCUAUCCAAAGACCCAAGGAUUGGAGAGCGGAUCGUACAAAGUAUUGCCCCGUCUAUAUACGGACAUGAUUAUAUUAAGAGGGGGUUGGCUCUGGCACUGUUUGGGGGGGAACCUAAGAAUCCAGGUGACAAGCACAAAGUGAGAGGUGACAUCAAUGUCCUUAUUUGCGGUGACCCUGGUACCGCCAAAUCACAGUUCUUGAAGUACACUGAAAAGAUAGCGCCGCGAGCAAUCUUCACAACAGGUCAGGGCGCCAGUGCUGUCGGUCUUACUGCCUACGUCAGGAAGAAUCCUACUACAAGAGACUGGACACUAGAAGCCGGCGCGUUAGUUCUGGCAGAUCGCGGCGUAUGUCUCAUAGAUGAGUUCGACAAGAUGAACGAUGCUGACAGGACAUCAAUACACGAGGCCAUGGAACAACAGUCUAUUUCUAUAUCUAAAGCGGGUAUUGUGACGUCUCUGCAUGCUAGAUGUUCAAUAAUAGCGGCCUCCAACCCUAUAGGCGGUCGGUACGACGCGUCGCUGACGUUCUCUGAGAACGUGAACCUGUCGGAGCCCAUACUGUCGCGGUUCGACGUGCUGUGCGUCGUGAGGGACGAGCCCGAUCCCAUGCAGGAUGCACAUCUCGCCAAGUUCGUGGUAUCGUCCCACAUCCGCCACCACCCCACCCAGCGCGGCACCACGCUAGAGGACAACGCGGCUCCCGACCCUGACUUCGUGCUGCCCCAGGACUUGCUCAAGAAGUACAUCGUCUAUUCUAGGGAGAAUGUGCACCCUAAACUGCAGAAUAUGGAUCAAGACAAGGUAGCUAAGAUGUACAGUCAACUGCGUCAGGAAUCUCUCGCCACCGGCAGUUUACCCAUCACUGUUCGUCACAUUGAAUCAGUAAUCCGCAUGAGUGAGGCGCAUGCCCGCAUGCACUUGCGGCCGCAGGUGUCGGAGGAGGACGUCAACAUGGCCAUCCGCACCAUGCUCGAGAGCUUCGUCGAGACGCAGAAGUACAGCGUCAUGAGGGCUAUGAGACAGACAUUCCAAAAAUACCUAUCAUACAACAAGAACCACAGUGAACUCCUGUAUUACAUCCUACGCCAACUCACAAUGGACCAGCUAGCCUACAUGCGAGGCCUUCACAACCACUCGCAGUCUACCAUUGAGAUUUCCGAACGAGACCUCUUAGAACGAGCAAGACAGAUCAACAUUUCUGACUUAAAACCUUUUUACGAUAGCAGGAUAUUCAAAAUGAAUAGCUUCACGUACGAUGCUAAGAGGAAAGUUAUUGUUCAUGUAUUGCCUGAUAUGCCUAGUGCAUCUAGUGCGUCUUCUUAAUAAAGAAUGUUUCUUUUUUUUCUAUUUUUGAUGUACUGUGUGAAUUGUAGUAAAUGGUUUGUUUACAAGGUAUGAAACUCACUGUAAAAUUGUGUUAAUUUUCGUAGAUUUUUUAGUAUCAGUUUUGUAUAUUUUAUUAAUUCUAUGAAAGAUGAAAUGCAAGAAAACGUCUAUAUUGAUUAUAAUAUUUCACAAUAAAGUUACUUGUAUUUGCUGAGAUUAGAUUCACUUUGUCACUGACGUCGCAAUUCCAGUAAAUGAAAUAUAAAUCUCAAUUUUAUUGUUACAAAAUUAGGUACCAUUUAUCUACAAUCCACAUAGUAGUACUGACAUAUUUACCGAUACCCACCUUUUACAAAAUCACUACAAUUGUAACAUAGCUUUAAUGUUGCCUACAAAAUGUCUUUGAUUUAAGUCUUUUAGAAUAAGCUUUAAUUUCUCGAUUUUUCUUUGAUUCUGUGCUGAACUCAGACAUGUUAUAGGUCUCGUAUGGAUCAAGUUACUCUAAUAAUAGUGCAAGAUCGAAUAUCCGUGAAUAGAAUAGUAGGUAGCUCUUGAAACUAGGUCAUCUGACAGUCGAAGUUAUUUUUAAGACUUUCUUUCCAUAUAUAGUAAUUGCGAGUCGAUGAUAACUAACAUAUAAAAUGGGCAAAAUCUUCAUUUUUUUUUUUUCAAUUCAAAAAGGAUAAUUUUAAUGUUUUGUGUUGUAGGUACAAAGUGUAUGAGUAAACUAAGUGCCUUGGUUAAGUACAAACCCGAUUGUUAGUUGUAUUGUAUCUAAUUAUGUUUUUCGUAAUCAGUGAUUUCAAUUUGUAAUUUUCUAAAUAAACAAUUUUUGUAAUCA